AAAAAAACAUCAAUUAAAAUAGUUUAACAAACAUGAAAAACCACAUUCUGGCUUUCUUUCGUGUCGAUUAGAAAUUUCCGAUAACUUUGACAUGAUUUACCUUAAUUUAAAUCACGUUACUGUUAACAAUAAUGUUAAAAUGUAAACGACUAAAACACAAAGUUUUCGUGCAAAUAUUUUUUAACAAAAAUUAAUCCAGGUCUGCCGACUAUAUAAACAAGAAGUUGGUUAGGGGCCAAUAUUCAAUUUAUUUGGAAAUGUUUUCAUUUUGCGUUUCAUUGCUUUUAUUUUUAAGUAUUCUUGUGUACCUUUACGAUGGCUGUUCAGCAAAACCCAAUUGGGAAGCCACGCCCCUGUCAAUAGGCGGUACAACCACAAACCCUAGUGCCAUGGACAUGGAUCUGCGAAUUGAGCGCAUUUCCAGAUCCGAAUUUGGCUUUUCUGGGACAUUUUUCUGGAACAUUGAUAUGGAGGAUAGUGUGAUGGUGGAAAUGCGAAUUUUGAGUAGCCAUUCCGGUGACGAGGCUGACUACAAAAUGACUCCUUGGUCCAUUCCCCAGCAGAAGUUUACGGACUACAUCGACACCUUCUACAAGGACAUGCUGAGACCAAAUCUGGGAAAUUGCACCGAUAUGCCAGUUUAUGAUUCUGGCUAUGUACCGCCCUGGCCAAAAAUGACCUUCACUUUCAAUCGCUGCACUCUGAAUGGUCAGGGAUUACCGGAUAUUGUGGCCGAGGGCUUCUAUAGAGGUGAAGCCAUCAUCAACGCCCAACCAACUGUGGAGGUCAAUGUUUCGGCCACUCUUCGUAUCAAAACAAAAUUUUUCUAAAUUUUUUGAUCUAUUAAAAAUUCUAGCAAUUUCCUUUUUCUAUUUUCUGUACUCUUUUAGCCAACUGUUUUUGCUUUUUCGGCAUUCCCAAGGUGUGUUUGUGAGCCAAAUUCUGGCUGCAAAGAAACGAACGUCAUAAAAAUUCGCCGGACUCAGCGGGGAGGGACAAAAUGAACCUGGCCAGGUAGAAAUCGCUUAAAGCCAGCUGACGUCGACCAGGCAGGCAGUUGGAGUGUGAAAUUGGCAAGACAUGUUUGGAAACUGUUGUGGCAAGAGUGAAAAAAAAAAACACAGAGUUUGUGGUAGGAUAGUCAGAGGGUGAAGGAAAGGCGAGGGAAAAAUUGCACAAAGUGUAGCUGGCACUGAGAGAAAUUAGGGCUUAAAAUAAGUCACAAAGUUGAGGGAAAAAAAUAUCUUUCUAUUAAAUAUCUUUCUUAAAUUGUAUCUAUAAAGUUUAAGUAUCUCAAAGUGAGAUCUCCUAACUUUUUCCUGUGUACUUUCCCCUCGUUUUCUCCCCCCCUUUGGAAAAUGCAAUUCGAGUUGCAUUUCAAGUGAAAACUCUGCCACAGUUGCCUCGGCUAAUUUAUUGCAAAUUGUUAAAAGCUACAACGACGAAGGCGACGCUGCUGCCGGCUGUCAACUGAUGACAGCAGCAAACUCUGCUCCUCCCCUCUUACCCCCCUUCUUCACUAUAAACUCUUUUGGCCGCUGCUGCUGUUAGCUGUGUUUUCCCCAUUUUCAGGCUGCUCCCCUUGUUGGCUGGUUUAGCUUUUUAUUUAGAGUGAACCACAGUUGCAUGGAAAUCGCUGUGAUAAAAUCACAGAUCUUUAUUAAUCAAAGAUUUAAAAAAAAAUAUACUUUAUGAAUUAAUUAAGAUUCAGAAUAUGUAAUUUCUCCAUAUUAUUGAAAACUAUUUGAAAUGAUUUUAGUACUUAAACCUUCAAGUUAGUUUAUUUUCUUUAUAAAAAAUAUUCAGUCAAGUCUUUAAUCUCCAAAAACUUGUCCAAAGUACAUCCUAAAAAUUCUCUAAAAUAACAUUUAACCAAAUUAAUUACAUUAAAUAAUAAAAAUAUAUAAAAUCAAGCACCUAUCACAUUUAAUAUGCUUUUCAAAAGCUUAAUCUUGUGUAAAAUUGUAAAUUUUCCCUCACAAACGAGACGAUUCGGAUCAAAACAGCGUUUAAAAAGCCAAUUAAUUUUGUUGCAACGAAAAGCGGUGGUGGCUCACCCUGAUUAGCAUACAGAGGCAAUACUAAAACAAGCAACAACCAAUUUGCAUUUAGCCACCAUCCAUCUAACUCACACAAACAUACUUAUACAUACGAAACCCGCGAUUGUCCCAUCUGUUGGCGGUUUGAACAUUUUGCGGCAUUGACAAUAUCAAAUUGUUAUCUGGCAUAAAAUAAUUACAACGUUUUAAUGCAGACAAAAUAGUUGUCGUUGUCGUUGUUGUUGGCAGUUCGACGGUUGCAAGUUGCUUUUGUGGUUGUUGCCUGUUGAUAUUAUCUUUGUUGUUGUUAUUGUUGCUUUUUGCUGCCAAAGUUUAGCUGCCAAUUUGAGUGGCAAUAAAAGCGCGUGUGCGACAGCAAAGAGAUUUCAUUUUCAACGUUGCCAUGGUUAGUUUUAGCUGCUAGUGCCGCUAAUUAACCAAAAACGCAGCCAAUUAGUUGGACUAACACGGAAAAACGUUGCACUUGCCAUGGAAACUGCAGGGAGUGGUGCACUGAGAGAAAACUAUUAUUAUUUUUAUUUGAUUUAUUCAGUUAAGUUAGUUAGUAUCAAAGAUAAAGCUAUCUUAGUGUUUGGCUAUCUUUAAAAAGGUUAAUAACUUGGUGAUGGGGCUUGGAAAAUGGCUACUUUUUCAGAGAAUAUUAUAAAGUAAUAUAAAAAUAUCAAAGUUUUUCAUCUGACGGUUUCUUAUCUUAAUAUAUUUCUUAAUAUUUUAUAAAUCUAAAAAGGUUAUACUAAUAAAACCCUUAAAAAAUUCAUCAUAAGGUCAGAUUGGAAAAGGAAACUUUUCACAAUUUUCUUGAAAUAUUUAAUAUAUCCUUCCCAGAUUUUCUUUAAGUGUCUUAAGCUCUAAUUUCUGACUUGUUUUCAUUUGUGUUUUUGGAAUUUGAUUGCGCGAUUUACCCAGAUAAUGCCUAGGGACACCGGUAGAGUGAAUCAAACAAGGCCAGCUAAUUAUUUCGAUUGCCGGGCAAAGAUUGUUAAUUAUUUUAAUCCCUCUUAUUGAUUAUUUGUAAAGUUUUAAACAAGCUUCAUGACUAUAUAUAUACUUUAUAUACAUAACAAAUAUUCCCCAAAUAACCGGAAUAAUCAUUUUAAGCGUUAUUUUUAAUCGCCAUUUGGUGUUUAUUAUUAUAGCCUUUCAACGACAUCACUUAACUUAUUUAAAAACCAAAUGGAACUUGUUUAAAAAAAAGAAACAACCUUCUGAUUAAGUGAUAUAUGCUCUAAUUCAACUAGUUAAUUAUGCUAACUAGCUUAGUUUAUGGCUAACAUUUCCGUAUUUGCAACUAAUUAAAAAGCUAAGAUCUAUGGAAAACUCUCCAGCAAUUUGCAAUGCUCAUUGAUAGAAAAUUUGCGAAAUGAAAUGCAUUAGACUGUGGGCAGGCAAAGGUUAAAUUAUGUCUGCAUUCACAGAGAGAGAUGCGGCGGCAGCAAUAAACAAACACAAAAGGGGGAGGUGACAGGAGGGGGAUAGUCAGUCAGAAUGCAAAGCUUGUUAAAAUUCAUGUAAUGCAUUAACAGAGAACAACAACCACAAAUUACACACACACACACAGAGAGAGAGAGAUAGGGGCCAGAAGAGGGGCCAAACGAGGGGCUGCUGGAUCUACUGAGUCAAAAGGCCGACGGGCUGCAAUGAAAAGGCAAUUAAAGCGCAGUGGAUGAGGAGGGAAGGCAGGCAAAGAGAGAGAGAGAGGGACAGAUAGGUUCCAAAGGGGGGGCAGCUAAAACAGUGGAAGGGGAUAAUGCUGCUGCUGCUGCUGCCACUGCUGUUGCCGUUGCCGUUGCAGCAAUCAAUUGCAUGCUUCAAUGGACAAAUAUACGAGCAUAGACAAGUGGAGAGCCGGCUCAGAUAGACAUGGCCGAUACGGACGCCAAAGCAAAUGCGUUCGCUCAACUACAGUGGAGAUUGGCUAAAGUAAACUAAUAAUAGUUUACAAAAAAAGUUACAAAUUUGUUAAUUUUUGGUUAUUUUGUUAGAAAAUCCGUUCAAUUUCCCCAACUUAGUUUAACCCAUAAACCCAAGUAGUCCUCUUUAUCGACAGCCCACUGUAACUGCGUUUGUUCAUCUGUAUGUUUGCCAGCCCCAACUGUAAGCCUGUAUGUAUCUGUGAGUUGUCCACGGCAGACACCCGUGGGACGGACGGAAAAGCGACUAGAUGGACUCAACUAGAUAAAAAACCUUAGUUGGCUUGGUGCCCGGCCAAAAUGAGGAAUACAAGUGAAGAGCUGGAGAGGCUUUGAGUUGCUCUAGACUGGGACUGGGGUUGGGGCUGGGGCUGGGUCUGGGGUGUUCAGUGUUCGAAGCUUAGAGCUUGUAACUCCAACUCCAAGUCUGCAUCUUCAUUCGCCUCCUUCGACGGCAGUCAAGUGGAACGGCACAAAAACUUGUUAACUUUUUUUUUCGCUACAAAAGGUUCGAAGAGUGCCAAGUUGAGUCAAUCAACUGGCAACCUG